AUGGGCCAGCGACACCAGCUGUUCGUCAUCGCCCGCGUGGGUAAGCACUAUCGCUCCCUCGCUGCCGUCCAUCACCAAUGGCUCUACGGCGUAUCGGCCCUACGUUCAUGCCUUCGACUCCUCCGCAUCUUUUCAGACCCGGGCAACCGUUUGGCCCUCAAACACGAGCUGGACCUCGCUGUUUCUUUCUUCAAGGACAAGCCUCCUCCCUCUGAGCCAGAAGAAUACCAAGAUGCCGAAAGCACCACCUGCCCUUUCCCCUUCAUCACGACUUGUCUGGCCAUCGGUGCUAGCUAUGACUCCAAGACGGGCCAAGUCCAGGCCAUUCACGAGCUUCGAUACGACAUGGGUUAUGACCAAGGCGACAACAAUGACGGUAUAACCGUGAUUGACGUUACUGACCUGGACCAUGUGCGCUAUUGCUUUGUGAACUUUGGCAGCGGUGAUAUCUAUGCGGCAGAUGAAGAUGAUGCGGACCCUCAGAGUGAGUUCGCACAUGUCCCUCACGCUCCCCAUUCCGACAACCCCGCUACCGAAACCCCCUUGACCGGACGAGAAUACCUGAGAGGCUACUACAGCGAGUCAGAUGAGAUGGUGCAAAGGAACACGGAGGUUAUCGAGGCGCUCGAUAAUACGCCUCUUGUCGAGGAGGUGGCACUUGCAAGAGCCUGGCCGUGGGGUGGCUGGAAAGAUGAAGCUAAACUCAAGGCUGCCGAGCCGCUGCACAACGCCCAGGAUGUGAACACGACCAAGUCACUCCGAGAUAUGGCUGCUGCCAAACUGUUCGACCGUCUUCUCACCUCGAUAAAUGAUGAUUUCGACCCUUCCCUUCUGGAUGAAGUCCGAAAUUUCCCCGGCUUUCAGCGGAUGGUCAAGGAAUACCUUAUCUGCCACCCUGAAAAGGUUGGCCCAACGCAGGCCUCGGCCCAUCUUCUUCAGCUAGCCUACGCUGGUGAGGAAUGUCUGGAGUGGAAUCUCUUCACGAAACUCGACCCCAAGACGAUCAAAGCCGCCCUCACAUCCGACGCGUUGAAGGGUGCCACAGGGAUCAGCCUUACGGCCUUGCAGAACAGUGAGCCUGCAGAGCUCUUGGCAGCCCUGUCCUCUCUCGACCGCCUCCAUACCCUGCAGGCCUUGGAUCGGCCAGACCGCGAAGAUGAAGGCGCCAGCAACCGACUGUUUGAUGCUCUCGCCGAGUCAGACCAUCAUCUGGCCCUCAAGAAGCUGACGCUCACUGGCCUGUAUGCAAACGGAAUCCGUCAGAACAUCUGGCGCCCCUACCGAGACCAUCCCAAGACACUGCCGGCGUUCCCAGUGGUGCAACUGCUUGUCAGCCAUGAGGGAAAGGAUAGCGGCUUUGUCGCCUCUUCUGAAUUACAACUCGAGUCGUUCUACCUUGGCGAUGCCCCCCUGCCCCCGACCAGAUUCAUCAACGGCCUUUUCCAAUAUAUCGCAUCCCAGGUGCUGUGUUUGCUCAGCUACAACGGAACUGGCCUCCAGUGUGCACACUGCUUCUCGUGCGGACCUUCGGCCCUUGGAGAAGACAAAUCUUCAGAGAUUACAGCACUCCCGGCUGAGGCAUAUGCCAUCGCAAAGGGAUCGUACCACUCCAGUGCCUACAAAGGCGUACAGUCUAAGCUGCGGGAUCUCACCCGCGAUGGCUGGAUGGCUGUUGUAUCUAAGAAGAGCGACACUGAGUUCGCGGGUGUCGACAGCCCUAGCACCACUCGCAUGCGGUUCAAGUACGCGUUCGUCCGCUCCAAUGCGACCAUCCAGGUCGAUCAGAAGCACUGGAGGGGUUCUGAUAUCCAGCCUGCCGAGCUCGAAGUGGUGGACAUGAAGGAAUUCCUUCACAAGACUACACCUGAAGCCGACACGAGCAAACUUGCCUACCACGUUUCCAACCUCGAAGAUACUCUUGUGCAGGCUACGCGUGCACGAACCAUCGUGACAACACCUGAUGAAGAGCCCCUUUUCUCUUCACUCAGCCCUGAUGAGGCCUGUGUCAUACUGAACAAGUUUGUCAGUGCGAUGCCGCAGGUGCAGAAGACUGUGGCGAGAGGCUCGAGAUGGGGCAUCGGGGAAGAUGCUUGGAUCUCCAAGCUCGGGUUUGAUGCCGAUGAGAAGGACUGA